AUGGCUGCCGUAUUCCGUCCCUCCGCCCGCGCGCUCAUCACAGGCGGUGCAUCCGGCAUCGGCUAUGCGGUUGCCGAGCUGUGCUUGAAGCACUCGAUGCACGUCACCAUAGCAGACUCCAACCAAGAGACGCUAGACCUCGCAGCGAAGAAUCUCAGCGGCGAUGUUACAUGCGUGAAGAUUGAUGUUGGCGAUCGAGCAGACUGGAAGAAAUUGAAAUCGCAAGUUGGCUCCGUGGACUUUCUGAUGUUGAACGCAGGCGUAGGAGGGCAGGGGACGUGGGGUGACGAGGAGUAUUUCGAUAAGAUUCUUCAUACAAAUUUGAACGGCGUGAUCAACGGCCUGAACAGCUAUGCUCCAUCCUUCCAGUCUCGUGGUUCUGGCGAUGCUUCUGCAAUCGUCAUCACAGGCAGCAAGCAGGGCAUCACAAACCCACCAGGCAACGCGGCAUACAAUGCGAGUAAAGCGGCGGUUAAAUCCCUCGCGGAACAUCUUAGCUUUGAUUUGAAAGACAGCGCGACAAGCGUGCAUUUGCUCGUUCCGGGGUGGACGUUUACUGGCCUCUCGGGUAAUGUUCCUGGUGCAGGCAAGCAGAAACCGGAUGGUGCGUGGUCGGCCGCGCAGGUUGUCGAGUACAUGUAUAAGAAAAUGACCGAUGGCAAGUUUUACAUUAUCUGUCCGGAUAAUGAUGUUAGCGAGGAGAUGGAUAAGAAGAGGAUGCUUUGGAGUGUGGGGGACAUAGUGAGCGAGAGAGCCCCGCUUUCGAGGUGGAGGGAGGAGUACAAGAAGGAGGCGGAGGAGCAUAUGAAGCGGGAUUUGUGAAUGAGUAUACUGGUUUGAUGUCUUCUUGGAGCGAAGUUUUGUGGGAAGUGUAUGCAUCAAGAAGCCCCCAUGCUCAUUCCGAGCUCUUGAGAGUUUAAACAAGCCGACGUCGCAGUUGUGAGGUUAUCUGU